ACACCGUAUCCAGUUUCCUCCAUUGGGAGGGUUUAACUUCCCGGAAACGGAAGUCUUGCUUCUUUCCUUCUCUUGCUGCUUGUUGUGAAGGUCCGUGCCUUCCCCGCACGCCUCGUCGCCAUGCCUCGGAAAAUUGAGGAAAUCAAGGACUUUCUGCUCACAGCCAGGCGAAAAGAUGCCAAGUCUGUCAAGAUCAAGAAAAAUAAGGAUAAUGUGAAGUUUAAAGUUCGAUGCAGCAGAUACCUGUAUACCUUGGUCAUCACAGACAAAGAGAAGGCAGAGAAACUGAAGCAGUCUCUGCCCCCUGGUUUGGCAGUGAAGGAGCUGAAAUGAAGCAGACGUGCUGAUUUGAAUUGUAUUAAACUUUAAAA